AUGAAGCGGAAGCACCAAGGGGACUGGUACGGCGGGGCGGUUGAAGGAGGAGAGCAGGAGAAGGUCCGAUCAUCGGAUAUGGCGGCGCUGGGAUACAAGGUCCGGUCAUCGGACAUGGCGGACGUCGCGCAAAAGCUGGAGCAGGCGGAGAUGGCCAUGGGAACCGGCAUCGCGGCCAGCGACGACGCUCUGCUUUCCCACCUUGCAGCUGACACCGUUCACUACAACUCUUCGGAUAUCUCGAUUUGGGUGGACAACAUCCUCUCCGAGCUUAACGCACCUCCUCCCCCACUCUCGCCGCCGUCGCGUUUCGACGAUUCCUCUUCCCUCAACCGGCGGAAUCGCUUCCUCGAGCUUCCCCUUGUCACGCGGCGCGCAUCGGCGGAAUUCGCCUUUGGCUCUGAUUCCCAAUUGGAUGUCGCGCCGUCGCCGAGGGAUUCGAAAAGGAUCAAGUUCUGCAGCUCGCCUCCCUCAUCGUCGUCCUCGACGACGGAUGCGGCGACCUCGGUUGCGUCCCCUCUGCCGGUGGUAGUAGUCGACACGCAGGAGGCUGGGAUCCGCCUCGUCCACGCGCUGUUAGCCUGCGCGGAGGCGGUGCAGCAGGAAAACAGGAGAGGAUGUUGUCCAAACGGUGAUCCUGUCCGAAUCACUGAAUCAACGGACAUUGGAUACGUGGCGCUCUCCGAUUGCUGA